AACGAGAGGACAGCUGCUCGCCGUGCACUACACUCAUUGUGCUGGGAUCCUGCCACCCGUCUGCUCCUGACACUGCUGGGGAACAGGGUGGAGAUGGUAUCUUACGCAGACCUGCCUUGCGGAAGGAGGAAGGCGAUGGAGGGAUCUAGGACCCAGGGGAAAGGCAGGCUGCAUGUGGAAGGACGAAGACUGUGGCUGUGGCGCACCCGCCUCCUGCCCAAAUCACAGCCCCGUGGAGCCGGGGUGCUCUCAUUCACAGCUUUCCAGAGAGAUCCGAGCCCGCCGACCGAGGGAAUCUCACCCACCCGGCUCAACAGAGAGGGCACCUGCAGAUCGGCUCUCCCCAGAGCAAGGCUGGGCAGCCGUGUGAAGGGUGAUGGCCUCGCUGCUCUUGUCUUUUGGAUGGGUGUUACCACCUAUGGCCUGAAUGUCCUACCACUUUGCUGGGGUCAGGGAAACAACCUCCGCUCGUCUUUCUCGACAGCAGCACGACAGCAGAAAAGUCUGUUUAUGGGUCCCAAUUCCAGAAGACCUUCAGGUGACUGGGAUCAGGCCCUCUCUUAAAAGAUCAGACACUGAGGAUUUGAAACAGAGCUUUAGCAAACAUGACCCACCUUCAAGCGGGACUCAGCCCCGAAACUAUAGAGAAAGCCCGUCUGGAACUGAAUGAAAACCCAGACGUUUUGCACCAGGAUAUUCAGCAAGUCAGGGACAUGAUCAUCACGAGACCCGACAUCGGGUUUUUACGUACAGAUGAUGCCUUCAUCCUGAGAUUUCUGCGUGCCAGAAAGUUUCACCAAACGGAUGCCUUCAGACUGCUGGCCCAGUACUUCCAGUACCGCCAGUUAAACCUGGACAUGUUCAAAAACUUCAAGGCCGACGAUCCCGGGAUCAAGCGGGCCCUGAUCGACGGCUUCCCCGGCGUGCUGGAGAACCGCGAUCACUACGGCCGGAAGAUUCUUCUGCUCUUUGCUGCCAGCUGGGAUCAGAGUAGGAACUCCUUCACGGACAUUCUCCGGGCCAUCCUCCUGUCCCUGGAAGUUCUCAUCGAGGACCCGGAGCUGCAGGUCAACGGGUUUAUUUUAAUCAUCGACUGGAGCAAUUUUUCCUUCAAGCAAGCCUCCAAGCUGACCCCGUCGAUCCUUAAGCUGGCCAUCGAAGGGUUGCAGGACAGCUUUCCCGCGCGGUUUGGAGGCGUCCAUUUUGUCAACCAGCCCUGGUACAUCCAUGCCCUGUACACGCUAAUCAAGCCGUUCCUCAAAGACAAGACACGGAAAAGGAUCUUCCUCCACGGAAACAAUCUGAACAGCCUUCACCAGCUCAUCCACCCCGAGUCCCUGCCCUCGGAGUUCGGAGGCACGCUCCCGCCCUACGACAUGGGAACGUGGGCACGGACGUUGCUGGGUCCCGACUAUAGUGACGAGAACGACUACACGCACACGGCCUACAACGCCAUGCACGUGAAACACACGUCCUCCAACCUUGAGAGAGAGUGCUCACCCAAGCCCAUGAAGAGGUCUCAGUCUGUGGUGGAAGCGGGCACCCUGAAACCUGAGGAGAAGGGCGAGAACGAGAACACUCAGCCUCUCCUGGCUCUGGACUGAAUUCCAGGUCGCCUGCGUCCCAGAUUCGAGCAGCGGCAGGGUGCGACGGAGCGGCCCUUGCAGCCUGCUUGACCGAGGUCCUCUACGGCUCCAGAGCCACAUCUGGAGUCCCCGGCUCCAUCUAUUUGGGCAGCCAAAGCUCCGCCGAGACUGGAGGGCCCAGGUUUCUUUCCUUGUGUGCGGGCGGGAAACACCGCUGAAGAAAGUCACCUGUGGACGUAAGGCUUUCUUCUGUUUUUUUCCCUUCAGAUUUAUGGCAUUAAGAGGACGGACACGGGCAGGACUUAAACUCUUUGUUCACACACACAAAAUGACUGAAGAGAGGAGGAUUUAAAUUCUUUGUAUACAUACACACACGCAUACCAUUAGACAGGGAUCCCCACUACAUUUGCAAAAUUGAGAUGAAGUGCAUUUUCAAGUAAAGUAUAUCAAUUUGUGCAGAGCCAACAUCAGAGCUAUCUACUGUGAAGCCUCAAGACAGGAAUAGCUUCAGAAAUUUCCCUUUUUUUUUUUUAAAACAUCACCAGCAUCAGCAGGUUCAGCCCAAGAGCUUGUAAGCCUGCUUAUCUCAACAACACCCUGCAACCAUGAUUCCUCCCCCACCCCACCCCACCCUGAGCGAACCACCGGCCACCCACCGUGUGGAUGGAAGACACCCACAAGCUGCAACGCAAUGAUUUCGCUUCAGCGCUGUGAUGAUUUUCCUCCCCGGGCGGCGGUGGAGGGGCCCAGUGGUUCCUCCUGGUCACUCUGGCCAACUGAGGCAUCACUGAGCCUGUCAAUCCUCUUCCGUCCCACAACCAGUCCGCCGGGGUCUGGGCCGGCUGGGGGAGCCCAGACCAUGACCCACCUCACGGCGGCUGAGAACCGGAAAACGGGACUGAAAAGCCAAAGAUCAUUUAAUUUCUUUACCUGCUUGACUUGCCGGCAGAGUCCUCUCCUUCAAGUGGAAAGGGCCACGCAAUGCAGAAAAAACCGUAAGAAAUCAUUGUGCCAUAAAUGUUCCCAUAAGCUAGAUGGGCAGUUUUUAUGCCUCUUUCCUCCCAAUGGCACUGUGCAGGUUGCCAGCCAUACAGCGGGUCGUGGUGCUCGUGGAUGUACUGGAUGCCAACCAUUGCAGCUCAGCAGAGGGAGCAGAAGGAGAGGGUGUGCACUGACCAGGGCGGCCCCCGAUUAGCAAAUGUGGAUGGAUAUUAACCACGGUUAACAUCCAUCACUUGCUGCACAUCUGCCUUAUGAGGUAGAGGCACAGGGUCACUCAGUUUUUAAUAGAUGGGGCCAUUUGGGAAGCUGGAGGUUCUGGACAGGUAUAAGGGUCCAGACUUCUGCAUCCAGUCAGAACGCUGGGGCUACUAGGACAAGGCCCCGACCUCCAGCCACCUGUGGAAAGCCCUGUUCCCCCCAAUCCCAGGACUUGGAUGGUCAUGUGACAUGGCCCUUGACUCCCCCAGACUCGUAACAUGAAUGUAAGACGGUGGCCCUCCACGUGCACUGCAUCAUUUGACGUUUCUCUCCCUGUUCGCCGUACAGUUACAAGAAGCCAAAUCCAAUCAAUACUGGAAGAGACAAAUGUUACCAAACUCCUUGGCCUUGAGUUGGACUGUCCUUCUCCGUCUCAUUCACUCCCUGUUAAAUAAAUACUGAAGGACAAAA